AUGUGCGAAGACGCGGGUUUCGAGGAUAUUUCCGUCUGCCAUAACCCGGAUUACAAGGAUCUAGCCCCGCGAAUCGCGGCGAACGGUACAACGGCUAAGCCCCGGGGAAACGACGAAUACGGGGGUGUGGAGGAGGAGGAAGAAGACGAAGAGGAGGAGGAAGGGGGAGAAGACGGAGAAGGGAAGGAAGAGGAGGAAGGGGGAGGCGGGCGCGGAGGGGACGGGGGGAAAGGGGGUGGUGCGCCCAGCAUGGUGUGGUCGGGGCGGGUGUUUGCGCUGCACGACGUGUAUGUGAACAACAAGGGGCAGGUGUUCAACGCUACCCACGUCUUUAACCCCAACGGCUGCUACGCCGAAGACAAGUUCCGUUACGAGGCAGGCACGCGCGUCUCCUCCUACAGCUCGCUCGUGAUUCAUGGACCUGCUGGUCAUCUGGGGCACGCCUGGGGUGGGUGUGCGUGCCCCAGGCGUGCCAGAGGAGCGAGUUGUAGGAGGAGACAGGCACGCACGCGCGACUCUUCCUCUCACUCGCUGCUCAUCGGGGGCACGCCUGGGUUCCACUACGAGCCAGGCACGCGUGUUUCUACCCACAACUCGCUGGUCAACCUGCUGGUCGUUGGAGGCACGCCCGGCGCGCGCCUGCCCUUCCACGAGGUUCUCGAGCUCGUGCCGCUCUUCCUGCCGCUCUCCCGCGUGCUCGAGAAGCACGGCAAGCCGGCACUCGUCAUGCGCGGCAAGAAGGUAAUGUGCUCGCAUUCAGUUAAAUUGAGGUGCUGA